AGUAAAACUAAAUUGUAACUUUACAUUUUUUUUUAACAAAAACACGUCACUCAAUAAACCAGCUUUCAAGGGUUCACAAAACGGUCGCUGUAUCGCUAUACAAUGUAUGCUUACCGACUAUUGCCCGGUAGUGUUCGAUGCAAAAUAUGUUUCGUUCGAAUGUUCCACACGCGCCGAGGUGAAUUAUAUAACAAAUGCUAUCGCCUUCUUGGCGUUUCCGAGCAGUCCGAUCAGAACACGGUCCGCCAGGCUUAUCUGACGCUGGUGAAAAAGCUUCACCCGGACAGUGGCCACCCGGAAGCGAGUGCAGAAAAGUUCCAAGAGGUAGAUUCAGCCUUCCGUGUACUGCAGGAGAAGUUCGCCAAAGCUCGCCGCGGAAUCGUUGAGGACCUGCAGGAACAGGUCAAAAUCUUCGACAUCAAACACACGGCCCCCCAGCACCGGCAGUACCUUAGCUUCGAUGGCAUUGGUUUCGGUACGCCGGCACAACGCCAGAAGCAAUACCAAGCGGUCCGUGCGGUGAAGGCACAGGAGCGCGUCCUUGAACAUCGGCUCUCAAAGGCGCAGGCAUCGGAAACUGCUCUAAUGAAGAAGGGGGACUACUUUAAGAAGCAUGAAAUCAAAACCAAAUACGGCUACGACCGGGUCAUAGAGGACCUGAUACAGGAGGCGAUGUCACGCGGCGACUUUAGUAAUCUUUCUGGUUUCGGCAAACCUUUGCCGGAUCAUCAAUCGCAGAAUCCUUACGUCGAUUUUACCACGCACAAAAUUAAUAAAAUUCUGCUGGACAAUGGCUUCACGCCGGAGUGGAUUACACUGCACAAGGAUAUUCGAGAGGCGAUCGGUGGCCUGAGGGACGAUCUACAGCGAGCACGCGCUAAACUUGGUCCCGUUCCUCUUACUGUGAAUGAGGAACAGCAGUGGGAAAAGGUACUCGAGGAGCAGCAAGACGCCGUCUUGCGUGUGAAUAAAAUGAUCGACAAGUUCAACCUGAUCGUACCGAUGCUAAGCAAGCAGAUGAUCCGCCUCAAUCUGGAACGGAUGAGUGAGGAGUUGCUCCAACAAGGGCCACAGAAACUCCCUUCAUCUAGAUCGGCGAUAAAAGAGCCACCGACGAAUCGCUAUGACGUGAAAAAGGAUGAUAACGAGCCAACAACUGCGUCCAGUUUAGCAGGAUUUAUUAGUUCAUUGUUUCGGUAG